UUGCUUAGUGAACUUUAUUGUGGUUGUUAUCAUUGAUAACAACAAUCAAACAAAGUGCAAAGUUCGAUUUAUUGUACUCAACUCACAAAUUAACUUUUAAUUCAGUGUUCACUGCUGUGUUUUGUCUAGUUUUAUCUGAACUUUUCACACGUUAUUAGUUUUAAUUGCCAAUGACUGUAGGUACAAAGUUUAACAAUUGCAACAUAAUCUCGAAAAUAAUUUUAUUUUAAAUGAUGUCUAUCGCAGGACGUCUCUCCCAGCUUCUAAGAAUAACUAGACCUAUUCAGACUACAUCGAGGUUAGUGAGCAGCAGUAUGACCAUUGACGGUAACACUAUUUUGGCGGAAAGCUUGAAAAAGCAGGGGGUGGAAUAUGUUUUUGGGAUAGUUGGAAUCCCAGUAAUUGAGCUGUCAAUGGCAUUCCAGUCGGCUGGUUUGAAAUAUAUUGGCAUGAGAAAUGAACAAGCCGCAGCCUAUGCCGCUCAAGCAAUUGGUUAUUUAACAGGAACUCCUGGAGUUUGCCUUGCUGUCUCCGGUCCUGGCCUUCUUCACUGCAUUGGGGGUAUGGCCAAUGCCCAAGUCAACUGCUGGCCUCUGCUUGUCAUCGCAGGGUCCUGUCCUGAAGAUCAUGAGGGUAUCGGCGGAUUUCAAGAAUGGCCACAGGUGGAGGCCAGCCGUCCCUACUGCAAGUACGCGGGCCGGCCGCCGUCGGCGCGCCUGAUCCCGCUGCACGUGGAGCGAGCGGUGCGCCUCGCCUCCGCCGGCCGACCCGGCGUGUCCUACCUCGACAUGCCCGGCACCUUGCUCACGGCCGAAGUAGACGAAGACAAAGUGCCUAUGGACUUCUACCACGCCGACCCGGUGCAACUGGCGCACCCAAGCCCAGUACAAGUGGAUAAAGCGGCUGAGCUGCUGGCGAGCGCUCGCCGCCCGCUCAUCGUCGUGGGGAAAGGCGCCGCCUACGCCCGCGCUGAGGCCGCCGUCAACCAGCUGGUAGGAGACACGAAGAUACCAGUCCUGCCGACGCCUAUGGGCAAAGGCGUAGUCCCCGACUCGUCCCCUUACGUGGUGUCGUCAGCUCGCACCACGGCUCUGCUGCACGCUGAUGUAGUUCUUCUACUGGGCGCGCGGCUUAACUGGAUGCUGCACUUCGGCCAGUCGCCGCGGUAUGCGCCUGACGUCAAGAUUAUACAGGUGGACAUAAGCCCUGAAGAAUUCCACAACAGCGUCAAAUCCGAGGUGGCUGUGCACUCUGACAUCAAGCCGUUCGUCGAGGCUUUGAGCCAGAAGUUAGCACAAAAGAAAGUGACACUCCAGCCAUCUAGCAACGACUGGUGGCAACAGCUCAAGAAGAAACAAGACACCAACGUUGCCUUUGUUGAGGCCCAAGCGAACCAAAAGACAGUGCCGUUAAACUACUACGCAGUAUUCAAGACCGUGCAGGCGAAUAUUCCCGCCAAUUCCAUAGUAGUGAGCGAGGGAGCCAAUACCAUGGACAUCGGCCGCGGGAUAUUACUCAACGACCUGCCGCGACACCGACUCGAUGCCGGCACCUUUGGGACUAUGGGGGUGGGCCCCGGUUUCGCUAUCGCAGCGGCGAUGUGGUGUCGCGACUACGCGCCCGGGAAACGAGUGGUUUGCGUCGAAGGAGACUCCGCUUUUGGAUUCUCUGGUAUGGAAAUCGAAACCAUGUUCCGUUACAAACUGCCUGUAAUAAUAGUGAUAGUCAACAACAAUGGAAUUUACAGUGGAUUUGACAAAGAAACCAUGGAAAGUAUCCAGUCUUCUGGUGAUGUAACACAGUGCACUCCACCAACCUCCCUAAGCACGGAGGUGCGUUACGAGAAAAUGAUGGAAAUGUUUGGAGAGACCGGCCACUUCUGCCGGACGGUCGAGGAGAUCCAGGCCGCGCUCAAGCACGCUGCGACGGUCACCGACCGGCCGACCAUCAUCAACAUCGCCAUCAACCCGCAGUCCAGCAGGAAGCCGCAAGACUUCAACUGGCUGACUGAAUCUAAGCUUUAAACAAAUGACUGUUUAUCUUAGAGUAGGCGCACACCGUUGAUUUUUCGUCGGCCGAUAGUUUAGUCGGGCUGUUGAUCAGUAUUGGCAUGUAUGGGAGUGCGCACACUACGCCGAUUCGAUUUGGCCGAUUCUUCAUACAAUUUGAAAUCGGGCACAACUAUCGGCCAACUAAAAAUCAACGGUGUGCGCCUACUACUCCUGGCUGAGUUGCACCACCUAACUUUGACCGUAACUUUAACGAUCGGUGUUGUUUGUAUGGAGUUUGACAGAUUUUUGUCUAAGUUAAAGUAAGAUAGUGCAACCCAGCUAUAAAGUACAAAUAUUCACGGUUUAUUUUAAUUUUUUUUUAUUACAGCAACUUAUUGGUUGUGGAGAUAUUUAAAGGCAAAAGUCAGAUGUUAUUUUUUUUUCC